AAGGUAGGGAGAGAGAGAGAGAAAGAGAGACAGGCAUAUAGGUUAAAGCACGUAUUUCAAGACGCUAACCUUUUGUCCCAAAUAGUUCGAAUAUAUUUCAAUCAAUAAUUCUCAAACAUUAUACCAAAUAUUAAAUGAAAGAGAAUUAUAAGAAAAUUAAAAAAUUUAUUUCGUGAAAUAAUUUUGAUUAAAAUUUAGUUAUAAAUACGACUCACGUAUUAAAGUUCCUAUUACGAAUACAAAUUACGACGUACGGGUGAAAUCGAUGUGUCGUAGAAAUAGAAAAAUAUUUUUAAAAGAUGGGGAGAUUGAAAAGAAAGAAGAAUUUAGCAAUGAUGAGGUUAGGAAAGGAUAAAAAUGAAUUGGAAGUUCCAAUUAUUCCAUUCAAAAAUUUGCCAAAAGAAUUUCUUUUAAUGCGUGUUAAGAAUGGUACAAAAAUUAGAAAUGUCUUGGGAUAUGCAAUAAAAGAAUUUACGAAUCAUGAAUGUAUCGUUUGGACUGGUGUUGGACAAGCUGUCGGUAAAGUUAUUUCCUGUAGUGAACUUUUUAAAACUAAAUAUAAAGGAUUACAUCAAGUCACAAAAUUACGUUACAUUGUAUCAAAAAAUUCAGAAAAUGGAAAUAAUGAUAUGAAAGAAAAGACUCGUCGUAUACCAGAGAUUCAUAUUUUAUUAUCGAAAGAAGCUAGAGACGUUACAUUACCUGGUUAUCAGGCUCCAGAUGACCCUGGACAAUUCAAUAUUCAAAACGAUAAUAAUCAAACGGAAUUAAGUGUUAUUAAUAUAAAUAAUAGUAAUAGUAAUAGUAAUAGUAAUAGUAAUAGUAAUAGUAAUAGUAAUAAUAAUAGUCGUAAUAGUGGUAGUAGUAAUAGUAAAAGUAUAAUUAAUAUCGAUGCAGAAAAGUUUGCUGCUAUGGGAUUAAUAGGACGGAAAAGAUUAAAAAAGGAUCAAUUAACGUCAGCACAUCCAAAGAGAAAUAAAAAAGUGAGUAAAAAUGAUCAGAAAUGAUCAAUGAAUAUGAGUUGAUUGAUUCAAAUGCAUUGAUUGAUUCAAGGUACAAAGUUUAUUUUAUAUUAAUACAUAGAGAUUUGGUCACAUGUAAUACAUUAUUUAUAUCUCUACUUUUUUUAUUAUUCUGUAUUAUUUAAGCAUCAUUCUCGAAUUUCUUUCUUUUUUUUUUUUUCUUCUACUUACAGAUUGUACAUAUAUGAUAUCAAAAAUUAUCCAAUUGUAUUAUUCUGUAACAAAAUAUAAAUACGCUUUGAUCCAUAUAACUUAUUACAUUUACAAUGUGGAAAUUAUAUACUGAGAGAUUUAUUUUUUUAUAAUUAAAUAAUAAUGGUAAAUGAUAUACAACAUAACAAUAGAGGUAUAAAUAAUGUCAUUGAAAUUGUAUUAACAAGAUUAAUAAGAGUUUUCAUUUGCUUGAUUAAUUAUUAAAUUGAUGGGAAAAUUGGCAGUGAUAUGGAAUAAUUUCCUGUUAGAUAUAUUGCUUUGUAUUAUAAUACAAUAAACUGGAAAUAUUUUUUUAAUAACAUUAUUUUAAAAUGUUAUCACAAAAAGUACAUAUAAGUUUGUACUUAUCUAAUAAGAUCAUCGAAUUAUUAUUUGCUUAAUCUAUUGAACAUAAAUAUUUUCUUUUCUUUUGAAUAACAAUACAAAUUGUUAUUUAUAUGUAUUAAAAUGUAAAUAUGUUUAAACAAUUGAAAAGAAGUGCAGCAUAUUACAGAUAUAAUAACAUACGGGUACUACGUAUAUACAAAUAAUAAGUAUUAUUAUAAUACAAUUCCGAUUGAUUUUCCAUCUUCGUUUCUUUUUUUUUUUUUUUUUUUUUUUUUUUGGAGAAUCAGUCCCAAUUCUUUUAAGAUACUGUUAUGCACAAGACUGAUUUGCAUAGAAUUAUGAAUAACUUGUUGUUAAUUAUCCAAAUUUUCUUCACGCAGAUUGUGUAUCAUUAGAAUCGUCCUUUGCAUUAUUACUGUUUAACAGAUUAUCAUUUAAGAAAAAUAACAUUAUAUAAUUAGCAUUGAAAAGAGAGAAUAAAAUUUGUAUAUAAUUAUCAAAAGGAUACAUGAACUUUCAGUGUCAAUAUUACAACAAUUCAAAAAUUGGAGGAACAGCGUUUUGCGAAUGUAAUAUUUAAAAUAAGGAUCUACUAUUACUGACUGUAAUAUUUUUUAAUUAUUUAUUUUUUUUUUUUUUAAUUUAUCUCCAUUAGAACUAUAUUUUCAGUAGCAAGAUUCUUAAGUUCUCACAUUAUUGUAUUUAUUAUAAUUAUAACAUGUUGUAAUUAAUUACAGAUAUACAUAUAAAUGCUACAAAAAAAAAAAAAAAAAAAAAAAAA